AGUGUUGCUUGGUGUUCAGGUAUCUCUCUUUAUUGAGAUUCAGCCGUUUAAAAUUCAGUUGUUCGUAUAGAAAUAUAAACUUGGUGAAAAUGUUUUGUAACAGACGCCAGCAGCUGGAAAAGCUCGUCUUGUUCGUUUUGUUCUCCGCUGUGCUCACAUCGACUAUGUCGAAUGCUCAAGUCACAUUCUCUCGCGAUUGGAACGCAGGCAAGCGGUCGCUAGUAGAAACCAGCCAGCCGGCGAGCGAGUGCAGCGCCAUCUUGAGGUCAAUCUCGAAUCUGUGCACUGCUAUCACGAAAAACAUUCAACACCUGACCGUGUGUGAGACAAGAUCGUUGAUUAAAACCAUGCAAUAUGACGAUGUGUUGGGCGAAAGUAGCAACGGUAAUAGUCUGCCACUUUUCGCGAACAACCACCUGUAACUAAGACGAAGACAUACUGCUAGGAAUAUCAACCGGCUGAAUAAAGCGAGAAUGAACUUUUCUAAUGUACAAAUAUAUAAACAAUAAAUGAUGCUUAAUUGUGGUAAAUUGAU